UCUCGCCGGCGUCGUCUCCUCCCGCGCGCCACCCAAAAAUAGCGCGAGAGAGCGAGAGAGAGAGAGAGAGAGAGAGUCCACGCAUCCCGCGCGCCUCCUUUCCCUCCCGACCUCACCUCUCCGCGCUCCGAUACGAAUGCGCCGCGGCUUAAAUCCCCCACAUGGCCGUCUCCAUCGCUUCGUUUCACCUCGCUUUCCAUGUCCAGCAGCAACAAUGCCGCCGCCGCCGCCGCCUCGCCUGACCCAUCGAGGCGGCGGGAGGACGUCGUCGGGUGGUUGCUGGCGCUGUUCCCGGACCUGCCGCUGCCGCCUCCGCCGGAGGCCACCGACGAGGACCUCCGCGCCGCGCUCGCCACGGGGAGGCUGCUCUGCGCGCUGCUCCGGAGGCUCUGCCCGGGGGCCCUCCUCGACGACGCCUCCACCGACAACGUCGGCAGGUUCCGCGCCGCCGUCGAGCGGAUGGGCGUCGCCAAGUUCAGCGCCUCCGACCUCGAGAGGGGCCAAAUGACGGCUGUUGUGAACUGCAUCCUUGCCCUCAAGGAUCGGUUCGGAUCGCGCGGCGGCGAUGACCACCGGAACCCUGGUUUCCUGACCAGAUGCGACAGCGAAGGGGGCCGGAAGCGCGUCGAAUCCAAGCUGCAAAGGAUGCUCACUAGCCCAAUUAUGUCAGAGCCAUCCAGCCCUGUGUUAGGAUCCGAUCCGUAUUCGCCGUUGCAGGUAUUUCAGCUCAAGCAAGGAGGAUAUGCUGAUCAGCUCGGUGGCAAAUAUUCAGACUUGCUGAAAUCCACUAGCUUGGAUAAUGCACCUACGCAGUCACUUCUGGGUGUUUUCAACAGCAUCCUUGAUGAGAGCAUUGAGAGGAAGAAUGGACAAAUACCUUAUCGCAUUGCUUGCUUGCUGAGGAAGGUCAUACUAGAGAUUGAGAGGCGCAUUUCCACCCAGGCUGGGCAUAUACGGAACCAAAAUAACCUGAUUAAAGCUCGCGAAGAGAAGUAUCAGUCAAGGAUAAGAGUGCUAGAGGUGUUAGCUGGUGGGAUGGAGAAAGACAAGUUUGGAGAUAAAGGGCAACUAGCAGUGGAAGAUAUGGAAAGGUUAAUGAAGUACCAGGAUGAUGUUGUUAGAUUGAUGAAAGAAAAUGAGGAUUUGGUGAGGUUGCUGAGAGAGAAGGAAGAUAUGGUUAGGUUGCUAAAGGAGAAAGAAGAUAUGGUUAGAUUGCUGAAGGAGAAAGAAGGCAUGAUUAACUUGAAAACAGUCAAAGCUGAAGAAACACAACGAAUAGAAGAUGAAGAUAAAUAUAGGAUAAUUAAGGAGAAGGAUGAUGCUUUAGAUAGAUUGGUGAAGGAAAAGGAAGAAAUGAUUCGGUUGUUGAAGGAGAAGGAUGAUGUAGUUAGACUAAUGAAGGAGAAGGAAGAUUUGCUUAACUUGGAAAAAGGUGAAGUUGAGGGUACAACUAAAAUGACAGAUGACAAUAAAGACAGGUUGAUUAAGGAGAAGAAUGAUGUUGUGCUUAGGUUGACAGAGGAGAAGGAAGAGAUGGUUAGGUUACUAAAGGAGAAGGAAGAUAUAAUUAGACUUAUGAAGGAGAAGGAAGAUAUGGUUUACUUGGAAAAAGGGGAGGUUGAGGAUAGAAAGCAAAUGACAGAUGACAUUAAAGACAAAUUGAUUAAGGAGAAAGAUGAUAUAGUGUUUAGGUUGACAAAGGAGAAGGAAGAGAUAAUUAAGUUGCUUGAAGAAAAGGAAGAUAUAAUUAUACUUAUGAAGGAGAAGGAAGAUAUGGUUAACUUGGGAAAAGGUGAGGAUGAGGACAGAAAGCAAAUGGCAGAUGACAAUAAAGACAGGCUGAUUAAGGAGAAAGAUGAUAUAGUAGUUAGGUUAACAAAGGAGAAGGAAGAGAUAAUUAAGGAGAAAGAUGAUAUAGUAGUUAGGUUAACAAAGGAGAAGGAAGAGAUAAUUAAGUUGCUUGAAGAAAAGGAAGAUAUAAUUAGUUUGAUGAAGCAGAAGGAAGACAUGUUCAUGUCUAUCAAGGAGAAGGAAAAUAAGGCUGAAUUGAAGAAAAUCGCGGAUGAAGAUGCAGCAAGGUCAAUUAAGGAUAAGGCUGAGAUAAUGAGGUUGAUGAAGGAGAAAGAAGAUGGUAACAAUACCAUUUUGAAACUUAAGAAGGAAUCGGAAACAUUAAGAUCAUCAUACGAGGAGAGCUGCAGGUUGUUAGAAUCUAAGAAGGAAGAUGUGGCCAGGCUUCUCACAGACAAGGAAAACAAUGACAGUAUAAUUUCAGAACUCAAGAAAGAGCUUGAAGAAACAAAGAGAUUGCAUGAGGCACACAGUCAGCAAUUAGAGACUAAGGCUGCACAAGUAAGUAAGGAGUUGGAACAGAGGAUAGAAGAAGUAAAGCUUAUGUUAGACGAUUCUACCAAGAGAAGAAUAGAACUUGAGGAAUUAUCCGAAACUAGAAUCCAAUUCUGGAAAAAGAAAGAAGUGGUGAUCGAUCAAUUUGUAAGUUUGCAAGUACAGAAUGUUCAGGAUUUGAAGCUAUCUUCUGUUUCCGUUAGGCAUGAAAUCUUAAAUUGUCAAAACAAGUGGUCUGAAGAACUAGCUGGCCUUGGAAAAAGCCUUAAGGUGGUAACAAAUACUGCAGAAAAGUAUCAUGGAGCUCUUGCAGAAAACAGAAAAUUGUUCAAUGAGAUCCAGGAACUAAAAGGAAACAUCAGAGUAUAUUGUCGGAUAAGACCUUUUCGACCUGGGGAGGAUGACAAGUCCAGUUCAGUUGAAUAUAUUGGGGACAAUGGUGAACUAGUUCUAUCAAACCCUACAAAACAAGGGAAGGAAGGGGGCAAAAAUUUCACAUUUAACAAAGUUUUUGGCCCUAUCACUACACAAGAUGCUGUCUUCAAGGACAUACAGCCACUAAUUAGAUCAGUUCUUGAUGGCUACAAUGUCUGCAUUUUCGCAUAUGGGCAAACUGGAUCAGGAAAAACAUACACUAUGAUGGGACCUGAAAAGGCAACUGAGAAGGAAUGGGGAGUCAAUUAUAGGGCAUUAAAUGACCUUUUCAAUAUUUCUCAUGACCGUAGAGACACAAUCACUUACGAACUUGGUGUUCAGAUGAUUGAGAUCUACAAUGAGCAAAUCCGUGAUCUCCUUGGCAGUGGUGGCGUGCAGAAGAAACUAGGGAUCCAGAACACCAUCCAACCCAAUGGACUUGCUGUUCCUGAUGCAACAAUGUGUCCUGUCACCUCAACUUCUCAUGUAAUCGAGCUAAUGCAAACAGGGCAUGACAAUAGAGCCAUGAGUGCAACAGCUUUGAAUGAGAGGAGUAGCAGGUCUCACAGCGUUGUGACCAUUCAUGUCCGAGGCCAAGAUCUGAAGACUGGAAACACUUUGCGUGGCGCUCUACAUCUUGUGGACCUUGCUGGAAGUGAGAGGGUGGACCGCUCUGCAGUUACAGGGGACAGGCUCAAAGAAGCACAGCACAUCAACAAGUCUUUGGCUGCUCUUGGGGAUGUUAUAUUUUCUUUAUCACAAAAGAAUGCUCAUGUACCAUACAGAAAUAGCAAGCUCACACAAGUCCUGCAGACUUCACUGGGUGGGCAUGCAAAAACCCUAAUGUUUGUGCAGGUCAACCCAGAUGUUUCAUCUUACACAGAGACUUUAAGUACUCUGAAAUUUGCGGAACGAGUGUCUGGGGUGGAACUUGGUGUUGCUAGGAGCAAUAAGGAGGGGAAGGAGGGAAAAGAUGUCAAAGAAUUAAUGGAUCAGCUUUCACUUCUGAAAGAUACCAUUUCAAAGAAGGAUGAGGAAAUCGACAGGCUUCAAUUACUCAAUAGUAGCACCAGAUUGAAGCCAACGAGACAAGCUGAUUCCGUAUUGAAGCAUUCGUCCUCUUCCCCGGGCAUUACAUCCCUAGGGAAGGGCACAAGUGUUGGCAGUGGGGCAGCUUCUGAUCUUGAUAACUUCUCCGACACCAGUGACAGGCAAUCUGAAGCUGGGUCCAUGCUCUCCGUUGAUCCUGAGAUUUCUGGCCUUGCGGAUGUCGACUCGGAUGGAAGGUUAAGCGAUGCUUCGGAUGGUAUUUCCAUGGGUGCAGAAGCUGAUAGUUCAGUAAGCAAUGUAGCAGAUCAAGAGCAAGAGAAAACAUCCAACACUGCUGCGAAAGAGCGGUUGACUAGGGCGGUGAACCGUGUCCAGAAGCUUACAUUGCCGAAAGCUGGCCAGUCAUCAAGCUUGCGACCUAAACCAAGAGAUCCUGCCCCAGCUAGAUCUUCAGCAGCAACAGGUGUACGAAAAAGUUCAACUUCCCAGGCAACUCCCCUUGCAAGAAAUAAUAGUACUUUGAAGAGAGGACCAUAGAUCAAGUUCAUAAACAUUUAGCCAACUUAUACUCAGCUUUAUUUUUUGUAUAGUUUUUCAAUAUAUACUUUUUUAAGAUGGACAGAAAGGCUAUGCUUUAGACAUGGAGACAUGGAUUUUGAAAGUCAAGCUGCCAUCUGAUUUUCUUGUGCAAAUAGUAAGCUUACACUGGCUAGAUGUUGUGCCCUAUAUUGAUAUCAAAGAAUGAGAAAACCUUGUGGAUAUUUUUAGUAUGAAGAAUGAAAUGGUUUUUCACAAUGAAAUGGAGUACAAGUCCAAUC